AUGUUUCUUUCAAGAGCAUCGUGUCGCAAUCUCAACAGAAUACAUUGGGAUCGACGUCCCUGGGAUAUUGGUUAUCGAGGACCUCUUCAGGCGCAACAAAAAGCGACGGGUCGACCUGACUAUCCAGUAACUGAGUCUCGCAAAAAUCUUUUACGAGAAAGAUUAAACAGAGAAUGGGAAGUGAUGAGACAACUAACGAGGCCAUAUGUCACAAAAGAAGCUGAACUUGCCUAUUUUCAAAGCAAAAAUGUCUCUUCCCUAGAAGAACAAAGAACCAAAGAAGCUAAUUUGAUAGAAGCACGCCGAAUGCCAGGAAAGGUUAAACGAACAAUCGGUUCCAAAAAUGAAGUGAGGAGACGAGCUAAUGUCGGCAAUUUACUCCACGAACACUCGACCGUUGAACAAGCGUUAGCGUCUUUGAAUUCUCGUUCUAGGUGGUUU